AUGCGGUAUUUAUCACCGGCGCUCGCACCUCUUGCGAAUGUCUUCCGCAUCCCCAUGUCCCUGAUUCCCGCCCGCCCGACUGUCUCGCGGGUAUGCCACGAGACCCUGAACCGGCAAGCAAUACAACCCGGCCCGACCACCGCCGUCAUACAAUCAGCGCCGUUCUCAUCGACGGGAGCAGCGCAGGGCAAAUGGCAGGGAGAUAGACGAGUUACCCUGAUUCGCUACUUCCUCCACCACCCCAUCACCCCCCGCCCCCUCCGCUUCUCGCGCAACCGCCACCUCCGCCACUGGACCAUCCACCGCGCCUGGCACCUCCUGCAGGCCAAGCAGCGCCGCAGCCAGGAGCUCGAGCUGAUGCGCCAGUACCAGAGCAUGCAGAGCGCGUGCGAGGAGCUGCGCACUGGCGCCGGCGAUGGCGGCAAGCUGUUCCGCGUGUCCAUGAACAAGAAGGGCGUUUUCACCGAUCUGUUCCCCAUCGAGUAUGGCCGUCUGCAGACCGAGUCGCCUUCGGCUGAGGGGUGGAAUCAUGAAUGGACGAGGCCGGUGAAGAAAUCUUGA